AUGGAUGCUAAUUCUUGGGCUGCUCGUUUGUCCUCCGCCUCCAAGCGCUACCAAUCUGCGCUACAAUCUCGAUCUGGAACGAGAUGGGAUAGUAUUGACGUGGAAAUGCUCAUGGGGUUUGAGGAAAUCGACAUGGAUGAUGAUAUAAGGGAGGAAUAUCCGUGUCCUUUUUGUUCAGAUUAUUUCGACAUCGUGGGACUCUGUUGCCACAUAGAUGAUGAGCAUCCUGUAGAAGCCAAGAAUGGGGUUUGUCCAAUUUGUUCAAUGAGGGUGGGAGUCGACAUGGUAGCCCAUAUAACCUUGCAACAUGGAAACAUAUUCAAGAUAUCCUUUUUCUUAUCCCAGAAAUCACGAAAAGCAGGUGCACAUUCGACUCUCUCUUUCUUGAGGCGGGAGCUCAGAGAAGGGAAUUUUCAAUCCCUUCUCGGAGGGCCUUCUUCUUCCAUUGGGUCAUCCAACAAUGCUGCAGCCGACCCAUUGUUGUCAUCAUUCAUUUUGCCUAUGGCUGAAGAUUAUGAAACUGUCCCAUCACACACUUCAGCUGAGGCAACUUUAACCAAGAAAAGUGUGAAAAAUGGCAUACCAGAGAGAACAAUUGAGGAGCCUCCUAUGUCGGUUGAAGAUAAGGAGGAGAAGGCAAAGCGGAGCGACUUUGUGCAGGGAUUGGUGUCAUCUAUGAUGAUGCUUGAUGAAAAUUUAUAA